UGUUUAAUGAAUACUUUUAAUUCAUUUUUAAAAGUAAUUAAUUUAAUUGUACUUCGACGAAAUCAUUUCACAAUGGAAUCAAAACGAAGCAAAAUUUUACAUGAAAUUGCUCCUUCUAAUAUUACUCUUGAGAUAUUGAGUAAUGGUUCUUCACACAUGACACCUUCAGUUUUUAUUCGAACUCCCCAUCGAUGUUAUCUUUUUAAUUGUCCUGAAGGAAGUUCUAGACUUGCAACUUUUCUUAGAGUGAGGCCUACCCAAAUUGAAGAUAUUUUUAUUACAAAAGGUAAAUGGGAAAAUGUUGUUGGAAUUCCAGGACUUGUUUUAAAUAAAAAUUCUGAGGAUGAUGUCCGUAUCCACGGCCCUCCAAUUGCUAUUGAUAUUUUAAAAUCCUUCAGUCCAAUGUUAGAUGCUGAUUUUGGAAGUACAAAUAAUUUCAUUAAAAUGAGGCAUUGUGACGUCAAGCGUGAUAAUUAUGAAGAUUCUACGUUAUUCAUUAAUUAUUUGAAUGUUGAAAAUUCAAAGGAAAGGAGAUAUCUUAAAAAUGGCGAUAAUACCCCAACAAAUACCGCUUUUCUUAUCAAAUUGAAGCCUUGCUUACCUGCACUCGACCCUUUGAAAUUGAUUGAGCUUAAAGUACCUCGGUCUCCCUUAAUAUCAAAAUUAAAAGCUGGCGAAACAAUUACAUUACAAGAUGGAAGAAUAAUUAAACCUGAAGAUGUUAUCGAUUUUAGAAAAAAAUCAGAAUCGCUAAAUUUGCUUGUUGCUGAUAUUUGUUCGUCUGAAAAUCUUCAAUCAAUUUCUAGCAAUUAUUUACUUAAAGUAAUUUAUUUAAAUUUAAUUCAAUUUAUAUUUUUAAAGGAUUUUAUGGGUGAUAAAAGAAUACAAAAAUUGAAUUAUAUUAUUCAUUUUACUCAACAAAAAAUAUUUGAAACAAAAGAAUACAAAAAUUGGAUGGGAGAAUUUGGAAAUGAUUGUCAACAUUUAAUAUUAAAUGUUAAAGGACGUUUUCUUCCACUUUCGGAUAGUGUAUACAAUUCCCAAUAUAUGCUUAGCUCUAUAUUUUCUGAUGGAUUUCCUGAAAUUUAUCCCAUUGGUCAGGUUUUAGAAGGAGAAAUUAUCUUGCAGGAUGACGAUAAAUAUGAUAUUAAAAUUGAUAUUAAAGACAAUAAUAUUGGCCCUGUUUUUAUUCCAGAAUUUUUGAGACGUUUUUCUUUACGAGGGACUCUGGAUAAAAACGAAAUUAAUCCAAUUCUUUUGGACUUUAAUUGGCAACGUUUUCUAAAUGAUAGACAAAAAAAGGAACCAGUUGAAUUGCAAAAAAGAAUUGAUGAAUUUAAACAAGUUUAUGCGAAAACUUUUGACAAUUUUGGUAAUAGACCAAGAGAUGUAUAUCCAACAGUUGUUUUCUUGGGAACUUCUUCUGCCUGUCCUACAAAAUAUAGAAAUGUCAGCAGCCAACUUGUCCGAUUUAGUGAAUCUUCGAACAUUUUAGUUGAUUGUGGAGAAGGGACUUAUGGACAACUUUUGGCACUUUUUGGUCCUUCAAAUAUUGAUCAGUUUUUGACAAAACUUAAUGCGAUGUUUAUUACUCAUGCACAUUUGGAUCAUAUUCUUGGAGUUUUUUAUAUUAUCUCGAAACGUAUAGAGGCGUUUGAAAAACAAGAAAUUCCAUACGUUCCUCUAGUAGUUUGUCAUGAUGUGUCUUUUCUUCAUUUAUGUAAUACAUAUUCAGAAAUAUUUUUAGAUUUAUUCCCGUUUAUUGUAUCUAUAAGUUUACCUACUUUCUUUUAUGCAAAUUCAUCAGCACAAGGAAUUAGACAGCAUAUUUCUGCAGUUGAUUUAAUAAAACAUUUCCCAAAAAAUAUUUUUUGUCAUGAUGAUUGGAAUUUAAGUGAAGCUACUGCUUUUCAAGUUGAUCACACAAAAUGGUCCUGCGGUUAUUCAUUUGUAACUCUAAAAGAAAAACGGAAAAUUGUAUUUUCUGGUGAUACAAAACCAUGUGAAAAUAUUAUAAAAUAUGGAAAAGAUGCAGAUUUACUUAUCCAUGAAUGUACAUUUGAGGAUGGUUUAGAGGAAGAUGCUUCAUAUAAAAAACAUUCUACAAUGAAACAAGCUUUUGAUGCAAGUGUCAAAAUUGGAGCAAAAAAUGUUUUUUUCACUCAUUUCAGUGCCAGAUAUCAUUUAACUCCCCCAUUACCUGAUUAUAUUCUUAAUGCAGGAAAUAUAUCAAUGGCUAAUGAUUUGAUGUCAGUCCCUUUCGAUCUUUUACCAUUAUUUCCAAAACUUUUACCAAUUUAUCAAUAUCUUUACAAAGAUGAACUAUUUGAAUUUGAAAUGAGGAAAAUGACAAGAAUGGCUAAUAAUAAUGCUAGAUUAAAUGAAAAAUAUAAUACAGGAAGUUUUGAAGAAAUUUUAAAACAAAAACGCAAAGCAAAUUCUUAA